AUGAGCCACUCCGAAAGGAGUGAUUCAUUCACCCCCAUGAGUGACUCUAAGAGAUCCUCAAUUUCCCCUAACUCAUCGCUGCAUUCCGUCACCGACGGUGCACCCGCUGACUCCCCGGAGCUGGCGGGCGGUGUCGGAACGCAGCCUAUUCAAUCUGAUUCCAUCCAAUGUCUGAAAAAACUUGAGGAAGCAAUGACAAAUACAAGAGCUUCAUUGUGGUUGCCAGCUUUAGGUAGAGAUCCUAAGGAAGUUACGGGGACUGCCAAUGUAGUGUGCUCUCUGCAUUUUAGAAAUGAAGAUAUCAUACAAAGGGGCUCCUUAAAGACUUUAAAAAGAGGUGCUGUACCAACCCUUUUCCUAGGUUCUACUGGGAUUAAAGAUGCCAGUGACUUGUCAAUGCCUGUGGUAAAAAAGACUGUAAAUUUUCAAUCAGAAGUUACAUAUAUUGAAAACACUGCCACCACUUACCUUAAUUUGCCAUCAGGAUCUGCAAGUCCUGAUAAUUCAAGCAAAACUAGUAGUAAAAGCUCUAGUUCCUCAAAAAAAAGGAAACUACCCUCAUCAACUGAUAGUGAAGGUCUAAGAGGUUCACCAAAAAAAAGGAGGAGAAUCCUUAGAACAUAUCAUAAUUACAAAAAAAAGGGUUAUUAUAAAAUAAAACAAAAACGGCUUUUAGCUUUAGGGAAAGACAUUGAUAGUGAAGGAGACUAUGUUGAUUCAGAAAGUAAAGCCGCCAACAAUGCAAAUGCUACCUCCACUACCCGACAAAAGGUGGAGCCACCUCAAAAACAGAAGUCCUCAACAAGCAAAGAAAUAAAUUCAGAAGUCUUAAAUAAACCAACACUAGACUCAACGAGUAAUGGGAAAAAUCAAGAAAUGGAGAAGGAAGAAAAGUGGACUGAAUUGGUCACGAAGAAGAAGGCAAAAAUAAAUGAAAAUACAACCAGAGGAACAGCGACAGAGGACUCAAAACGAAGUGGAGCUGGUUCCGAUGAAAUUCAUUCGCCAACACUGUGGUACUUUAAUUUACUUAUGUUUACAAUUGACCAGGAACUACCCACAAAAAGUAUAUCCAACAUUGAAGAAGAAGAAAAGAAAAAUUGUAUUGCAGAAGAAACCGAAGCUAGUGAAAUACUUGAAGAACAUAAAGAUGAUGGUUUCGAACGCAAAGAUACACAGAUUGAAGCAGAUUUCGGACGGUUAUAUCCAGAAAAAAAAAUUAAUUUGCUGAAUCGUUGGGAUUCAUUCUUUAAUAAAGUUUUGGAAAUUAAAAAAACUGAACUUAAUACUAGAGAUACCAUACAAGACAAUAUACUGUCUAUCUUGGAGAGCUUGGAAAAUUUGUCCGAAGGGAUUUUAAAAAGUAUUCAAGAUUAUCAUAAUCAGUCAUAUGUUUUCAAAAAUAGUGAAUUUGGGGAAGUUAAUUAUAAAAAUCUAUUAAACGGCAGUAUAUGGGAAGGUAUUUUAAAUUCUACGCAGGGCAAAUAUUAUAUUCCUCUACUUGUUUAUUUUGACGACUUUGAAACCUCCAAUCCACUGGGAAGUCACGCAGGAGUCUAUAAAGUUGGAGCUGUCUAUUUUAGUAUUGCCUCUUUGCUACCAGAAUAUAUAAGUAGACUAGAAAAUAUUUUUGUCACUGUUUUAUUUCACAGUUCGGAAAGAACGGAAUUUGGUAAUGCGUCGGUGUUUAAUUGUCUUCUAGAGGAUUUAAAAAACUUAGAGUUUGCUGCAGUUACAAAGCAGCAAACCCAGCUUAUUGAUACUCAUGAUCGGUCUGAGGCCAAGUAUGACAAACAUGUUAGAGAAAAACAGUACGGCAUAAAAGCAAACUGCAUCUGGAACGAAUUAAAGUAUUUUCACGUGUAUCAGAACCAAUCAGUAGAUUUAAUGCACGAUCUAUAUGAAGUCAACGAAAUAGAUGAAGAAGCCAUUUCAUUGCUAACCGAAUCGGAAAUUGCUGUUUUAAUACCACAAAUAGGCAAACGGCUUAAGUUUAAUAAAAAAUGGAAAGAACAUUUUCAAGUAAAGAAUAAUUCGUCGCUUAUUGGCAAUCUUGGUGAUAUUAGCCUUGAAAACCUUCCAAUAUUUAUAAAUAACAUUGAAGAAAAUAAGGAAGAAAACAAUAUAUAUAUCAGUCAUCAACGCCAUUUUCAGAACUGCUGUCAACAGCACCAAGUGCAUCAACUGAUGACAAUACAAGAACUUUUAUUCCAUCUGAUGUUUCAUCAGUUUAUGAGAAUUACUAAAGAAAGAUUUCUAAAAUUGGCGCAAGAUAUUUGCCAACUAUUUCCUGGAGAAUCUUCUGAAAGCUACUACAUUUCCUCGUAUCGCAAUGCCAAAGGUGCAAGUGUGUCUGCUCAUGGAAAACUGUAUGAUAGGUACAGUAAUCAAAGAUGUAAAUUUCAGAGACUAGAACUUAUUCCCCGAAAAUCAAAGAAACAUAAGGCAUCUGAUCAAAAGGAGGAAGACAUUGAAGUAAGUGAAGACAGUAUCAGUUGGCUGAAAAACAAUAGUCAACCGUGGCCAGAUGUUUUAAAUCGUUGGAAAGUCACCUCAAAAGUACGGCUGCAUAGAUUUUAUCAUAGUACCAUUGCCAUACAUGAGUUUAUGAAAUUAUAUCCUGCUCUAACCGAGCCUUUGGGAUAUUCACUGCCCGGCCCAUUAUCAGCACCUGAUCCAUAUCGUCGAUCAUCUACCCCUCAGCCCGGCCCAUCAUCAGCACCUGAUCCAGAUCGUCAACCAUCUACCCCACAGCCCGGCCCAUCAUCAGCACCUGAUCAGCCUCCAUCCGCUGGCAAAGUUCUUGAACAUAUCUCUCCGUUGCCCACAAUUCCUCAGGGACUAAAAAAGCGCAGUAGAAGUAUUGCCACUCUAUUAACUUCAACCGAAAACAUUGAAAAAGCAAAGUUACUAAAACAACGUCAGGUAAAACGCAAAGGUUCUGUAAAACCUGAUUUAAAAUUGGCCAAAAAGGCCAAAAAAGUAAAGCCGAGAAUGUCUUCUUCCGAAUCAGAUGAAGAAUACGAAGCGAAAGAAGAUAGUGAUAAUGACAUUGACGACGAGAUUAAUGAAAAUGAAUGUGCUGGAUGUCUUGAAGAUUACAACUCGACAACUCGUUCCGAUGAUUGGAUCUGUUGCGUUUUAUGCAGUCGCUGGAUGCACGAGAACUGUACUAAACAUAAAAAUAUGUGUGAUCUAUGUGGAAAACGUACCCAAAAGACAAUUUAA